GUGUGUGUGUGUGUGUGUGCAUGCGUAUAUGUGUGUCGGUAGUAGUGAGAUUUCUAGAUCUCUGCACCUUAACCAGCCAACAGUUUCGUUUAUCUCUCCCACACACCGUAGUGGAUGCCGAACAAACGCUGGCUUACCUUUUCUAGACGGAUACGCGGAUACGAAAGAGCCGCCAAUCUCAGCGCUCAGAGGUCAGUUUGGCUAGAAAAGGCAGCCUGUGGUACAACGCUUCUGAAACAGACCUGGCGGGUUGCUACGACCACAAGAGGUUAAUCUCGGCGCACAACUAGUCGUUUUCUGCUGAUUCAGCAGUUUUUAACGAACCUUUCCAUCACCUAAAGGCGUAGAGACGCUUUUAAUCCAAACGGCAGCCACUUCGCCCCGACAAGUGAGUGCAGACCGCAUGAGCUGAAAAUAAAGUGGGAAACCUGCGACGUCUUCCAUUUCGUCUCUCUACCUGCCUCUGAUGUGGGGGGUCAUGGAGGCUAGGUUCGGUUUGGGCUGAGGCAUCUUGUUCUCUUCUCCCCUCGAGGGAGGGGUAGGAGAUUUGGUUCCUGCCCAGGUCCGUAGCCAACAGCCACAGUUUUUCUUAUUAUUAAACAAUCUGCACAAACACAGACUAAUCUGUACACAAAUGAAGUCGCGCCAACUCUGAAAAGAAGAGACGACAGAGGAAGCCAUGUCACAGGAGGAGGGGCCGAGGACGCAUUCCACGCAGACCUACUACCAUCAUACCUCUCUAGCAGACAGCGACCUAUCACCAAAGCUCUACAAGCAGGAGGGAGUGUCCAAGCCCUAUUCAGUGCUGGUUGACAACAAGAUGCCUGCCAAAGCGCUGGCUCCCGACCUCGAGCCCAGUCCUGCGCCUCUUCAGCAUUACUACAAAGAAGCUUCCGGAACGGCUGGAGCCGAUGGAGCUGCGAAGACCAAAAACGACGGGACGUCUGACGACACCGAGGAAGAAGAGGAGGAAGACGAGGAAGAGGAGGAGGAGGAGUUUAAGCGGGCGCAGAUCAUUGUUGAGGUGAACCUAAACAAUCAGACCUUGCAUGUGUCCAAAGGUGACAAAAGCAUCCCUGCAGGAGAGGUGAAAAGUGACAGUGAAGAAGAAGAAGAGGAGGACGAAGAGGAAGAGGAGGAGGAGGAAGAAGAUGAGGAAGAUGAUAGUAUGGAAGAGGAAGACGACAGUGCCGAGGAGGACCCUGACGAUGAGGAAGAAGAGGAAAACGAGACCCGGAGGACGAGAUCCAAGCGUGCACGCACGAAGAGCCAUCGCGUCGCCGUAACGUCGACGGGGUCCAUCGGAGUAACAACGAGGGGGCGAAGGAAGAGCGCCGAAGCCCCACCGCAGAAGCGCAGGUCGGUGCGGGACAGAAGGGGCUCCGGGCCAUCUGCUUCGGGAGGAGGCAGGGAGGGCGAGGAACGCGAAACGCUGGCGUGCGAGAAAUGCCCGCGUGUGUUCAACACGCGCUGGUACCUGGAGAAGCACAUGAACGUCACGCACAGGCGCAUGCAGAUCUGUGACAAGUGCGGCAAAAAGUUCGUGCUGGAGAGCGAGCUGGCCCUGCACCAGCAGACUGACUGUGAGAAGAACAUCCAGUGUGUGUCAUGUAAUAAAUCCUUCAAAAAGCUCUGGUCGCUUCACGAGCACAUUAAGAUUGUCCACGGGUAUGCCGAGAAGAAAUUUGCCUGCGAGAUAUGCGAAAAGAAGUUUUACACCAUGGCUCAUGUCCGCAAGCACAUGGUCGCUCACACUAAGGACAUGCCGUUUACCUGUGAAACCUGCGGAAAGUCCUUUAAGCGCAGCAUGUCUCUAAAGGUGCACUCGCUUCAGCAUUCGGGGGAGAAGCCCUUCCGUUGUGAGAACUGUGAUGAGCGUUUCCAGUAUAAGUAUCAGCUGCGGUCUCACAUGAGCAUCCACAUUGGACACAAGCAGUUCAUGUGCCAGUGGUGCGGCAAAGACUUCAACAUGAAACAGUAUUUCGAUGAGCAUAUGAAGACGCACACAGGUGAGAAGCCGUUCAUUUGCGAGAUCUGUGGGAAGAGUUUCACCAGUCGGCCCAACAUGAAGCGUCACCGGCGCACGCACACCGGAGAGAAGCCGUACCCGUGCGAAGUGUGUGGUCAGCGUUUCCGCUUCUCCAAUAUGCUCAAGGCGCACCGAGAGAAGUGCUUCCGGGUCACGAGCCCCAUGACACAACAGUCAGCCAGCAUGCCUAUCUCUGUCCAUCUCACUGGCCACACCCCUUCUUCCUCCGGCCACACCUCCAGCCCACCGCUGCCCUCUCAAGGCACAUCCACCGCAGCAGCCAUGGGCCCAGGGAUGAUCUCUCCCGGAAUUGGACAUGGGUUUUCCCAUUUGCACAUGCAGGCCACGGCCACGCAGCACCACCAGACCCAUUUGCAUCACCCUGGGCACGCACCUAUGACGAGCCACCCCUCUUCGCACCAGUCCGUGCCCCCCUCCCUCCUGCCGUCCCCCCCUGCGCUUUUUAAAAGCGAGCCGAUCAACCACUGCGCCCACGAGGACGCGUACCUGAGGCCAGGCCCUGCACAGCAGCAUUAAGAACUAAUCGAACUGAUUGUAUCACACACACACACACACACACA